AUGAAGCUCACAAUUAAGACACUACAAGGUGUAGCUUUCUCUUUAGACACUGAACUUACAGAUACUGUGUUGGCCGUUAAGGAAAAGAUUGAAAAGCUACAGCAGUUUCCAAUCUCGCAACAGAAACUUAUUCAUGCAGGAAAAGUACUAAAGGAUGAUAGUACAUUGGCUGAAUACAAUGUGAAAGAGAAUGAUUUUCUAGUUGUAAUGGUCACAAAACCAAAGGCGGCAAAACCCUCAGCUACGACGACAACAGCUUCUUCUACAACUUCAGUCUCAACGACGGAUGCUGCACCGGUAGUCCCGGUGUCUGCUCCUGCUUUCAAUACAUCAUCAGCAUCCAGCAGCUCUUCAGCUACUGCUCCGGCGGUAUCAACGCCAUCGGUUCCUCCUGCUACGACUGCUGCAAAUGCUUCGACGGGAGAAGGCAGUAACGUUGUAACUGCCGAGCAGAUGGGCGCAACGGUGCAACAGCUUGUGGAUAUGGGCUUUCCCGAAGAUCAAGUGCGCAGUGCCCUGCGUGCGGCUUUCAACAACCCAGAACGUGCAGUUGAGUACCUGAUGACAGGCAUUCCUGAACAGGUUGCAGCUCCCCCGCAGACGCCUACUCCUUCAGGUGGAGCAGGUGCGGGAAGUGGCGCCAGUGUUGGUGGCGACGAAACGGCAAACACGCUCGAAGCGCUCCGCAACCACCCGCAGUUCGACGCGCUGCGUCAACUGGUGCAGUCCAACCCGGCGGCGUUGCCUGCAGUGCUUCAGCAGAUUGGUGUGCAGAGCCCAGAGCUGCUACGCUUGAUUCACCAGAACCAGGACCGCUUUGUGCAACUGCUAAACGAACCUAUUGGAACCCGUGAAACAGGAUCAGCGCCUAGCGGCGUGGGUGCAGCACCGUUCGACUUGGGUAUAGGUGGUGGCGGUGCCAUGCCGACCCCUCAACAAAUACAGCAGUUGGUGGACUCGCUCACACCAGAGCAGCAGACUCAAAUGGCAGCACAAAUGGGAAUGAGUCCCGAACAGCUUCGUGGUCUUUCUCAAAUGCUUAGCAACCUACCACCUGGAGCAAUGGAGCAGAUGAUGGCUUCAAUGGGCAGCGGUGGUUUGGAAGACCUUAGUGGAGGUGCAGGUGCUGGUGUGGGCGGCCACCGCAUCAUGCUAUCUGAGGAGGAAGCCGCUGCUGUCGAUCGACUGUGCGAGAUGGGAUUUGAGCGCACGGAUGUGAUUCAGGCAUACUUGGCAUGCGACAAGAAUGAGGCAUUGGCAGCCAAUUUCCUCAUGGAUAGCGGAGACAGCUUUGGCGGCAGCGCUGCCGGUGGUGCAGGAGGCCAGGGCGACGACAACGAUGACAUUUACGGCUAA